GGGAAGCACUUCUAAAUGAGACAUUGCCCUGAGACCUCUGAAAGUCCAUGUGACGUGUAAGGGGGAAUCUCCUAAUGUUCUUAUACGUUCUUAUCUUGUGCUGGAUUAACUCAGGGGAUCCACUCCCAGUUGCGCUUGUAUGAGAAUGACACUGGAAGGCUGAGUAGCGGCUGCACGGCAGACAGUUAUUCAAGAAAGAAAACACCAAGCUGAAAGAGGAAGAAGAAGAAAAAUCCCACCUCUUCCAUUUCGUGAAACAACAUGGGACAACGCUUCACAAAUGAGGAGGGGGGACAAGUUGAGGUCGAUGUGGCUGAACUGCAGGAAUGGUAUAAGAAGUUUGUGGUGGAAUGUCCAAGUGGGACUCUUUUCAUGCAUGAAUUCAAGCGGUUCUUCGGAGUACAGGAUAAUCGGGAGGCAGCGGAAUACGUGGAGAACAUGUUCAGAGCUUUUGAUAAGAAUGGGGAUAACACCAUUGAUUUCCUAGAAUAUGUGGCUGCUCUGAAUCUUGUUUUCCGAGGGAAGCUGGAACACAAACUGAGGUGGACGUUCAAAAUAUAUGAUAAGGAUGGCAACGGCUGCAUAGACAAACCUGAGCUCUUAGAAAUAGUUGAGUCUAUUUACAGGCUUAAGCAAGUAUGCCAGCCUGAUGAAGAUCAAGGAACACCUCGUCUCACUCCAGAAGAAGUUGUGGACAGGAUAUUUCAGUUAGUGGAUGAGAAUGGAGAUGGGCAGCUUUCUCUGGAUGAAUUCCUUGACGGGGCCCGGAAAGACAAGUGGGUGAUGAAGAUGCUACAAAUGGAUGUGAACCCAGGAGGAUGGAUUGCUGAGCAGAGGAGGAAAUCUCUGUGACCGGAAGGAUGUGAUGUGGGGCAGCGGGUGGUUCAGUGUGUUGCAUUUCCAGUUGUAACCAAAUGGAGAGUGCUUCCUUUCAUUCUAGAAUCCUUUGCAUAACCGAAAGCAUUCUCCAGCAACUCUGUGAAGCACUUGUAUUGAAAGUACCACAGGGUACUAACCUAUGUGAGCCUUGGCUGGCCAGUCAUGCUAGGAAAUAACCACAUGCAUAAAUAUUGUCCUGUUUGCUGGUUCAGGUAUCAAAAGGGACUGACUUAGAAGAGUCUCAAUGUCAUUUGAUGCUCAGGUGCACAAAGGGACUGAUUAGUGAGUCACAAUGCUUUCUUUGUAGGUGUGUGUCUGCUAUUUUAUGUCUGAGGAGAAAGAGAUGAACUUGCUGGAACAGAGGAAGUUCUUUGGUAACAGAAUUUGAGAAUAUGGCUGGUUAGUCUGUUCUGAUUCUGAGUUUGUGUGUUCCAAGGGUUUUACUUGAUGUUAAUAUUCUGCUGCUAACCUAAACCAUUUGGAGGCUGUUUCAUCACAAGUGAGAUGUUCCAACUUUUGUAACAUUGCAAACGCACAGCCAAGCAUAUAUGGAAUUGGAAACAGGGAAAGAACCUAUUUACUAUAUGCAAUGAAACUGCAGGGAGAACUAGACCAAGUGCAGAAUAUUAUGAAUACUGGACUUGUAGCAUCGUACACCUAUUGUGUUCUGAGUCUAUUUCCCUGUCAACUCACUGAUUGUCUUAGGGCAGAUUCCUCUACAUGGUAGAUCAUUCUUUGGAACUCUUUUCUAGGCAUUUUAGCGUCAUUGAGGAAACUUUGGUCUGGUUAAGCUGGUCCUCCAGACUACGGUUUGAAAAAUCAGAAGUGUGACAUAACAUCAUACACUUACAGUAGCUGUCUCUCUCUUCCAUUUUCUUGUGCCAGUUCCCACUCCCUUUCCUUAUUUCUUCCAACCAUGGUUUGCCAUAAUUAUUGACUUGGGCAAACUGUGAUUAGCAAUAACCAGGACUAACUCCAAACGAUGAUUUGCAAGCCUGUGGUCACAAGGCAUAGUUUGCAGGGAAGGAUUACCCUUAGUUUGCCUUCUUUGGACACCACGACAAACUAUGGUUAGUGAGCAAUGGAGUGGCUCAGUGUGUAUCAAUAGAGGUGAGAGGAGGAAGAGAAAGUGUAAGAACACUUGGUACCUUCCCAAACUUCCAAACCAUGGUUUGGAGUACUGGAUCAUGAUGUCUGCCCAAACCUGAAUAUGAGAAUGGUGAUAUUUCUCUGGUGAGAAAUGAUGCUAGUUGUGAAAUACAGUAAACAGUGCAGAUUUGUCACAUUUGCACUAAAAGUUUGCAGAUGAAUUAGUGAAUAAAUAAGGUGAGGCUCCAUUUGCUGAGCCUUUUGCACAUUGUGAAUACAGUACUAGGUAUAAGUGCUCAUUAGCAAAUAGGUGACAUUGUAUUAUAUUUAUUAAAACCCUCCAAAUACAGGAGAACUCAUUUGUUUGAGUGGCCUGCAUUACACUCAAGCUUUCCAGAGGCUACAAGCCAGGAUCAGUGCCAGGUUUAGUGGGGCACUUGGCACUACACAGGUGCCCCUCUUGCCUUGAUAACCUGCAGGCACAGCAACAGAAAAAGCUGGUCCAGCCAGCCAGCCAGCGAUGCUAUAUUGGAGCCCCAGAAACACUGAGGAGGGUUAAAAUGACAGGAGCUACUCACGGCCAUGCGGGACCCAGUGCUGAGAGGACCACCAGGCCUGAUCAGAAUUUGGGGUUGCUGGCAGGGUGCGUGGUGCUUCCUCAGUGAGGGCUCAGGCCCUUAGCAAUGGCCUGGUGGUGUUGACCCCAGUCACUGGAAGGUAUAGCAAUAGCAUGGCAUGGUCUGGCCCAAUGCACACAACAGACCAAUCAUACUCGUGAUCACUCAAUAUCUCCAUUUUCACAUAACUCUUUGGCUGCACAUUCAGUUUGCGUGAGCAGACCCAGAGACCUCCCCCUUAAAUAAAGACACAUUUGAUGCAAAUUUUAGUUUUGGUUUUUGGCAGAAUUUAGGCCACAACUUUAUUGUUACAGAAAAGUGAAUGGUUGCAUAGGCUCUGGUUCGACUAGCUCCCUACACCCUUGCAGGUAGUGCUGACCCAGAGCUCUAUCAUAGGUCAGCCAAGGGUGAACACCUGAGGCAGGUGAAAAGCCCGGGAACAGACUCUGUUCACUCUCCAGAUGCUCCCCUGGACUCAGGCACGGGCACAACCCCCUCUCGGGGGUUGACCAAACCAAGUUGAGUCCCUGGAUUCCUUUAACGGAAUACCCUUCACAUAGGGAUGGCGAGACCGUUCUCCCAUCCCUAUCACCUGAACCAGUGCCUAUCCACAACCUUACAAGUUGUGAUGAUUUGCUACGCGGCAGGUGAAACCCAAAUGGCCACAGCCAAUCAGCCAAGUGGGGAAAAUUCCUGCCGUGCCCCUGUCCCAACGGCAGACGACAUACAAUGGCAUAGCAAGGUCAAUCGCAAAAUGCCCUAAAAUUAGGGAGAGGUGGGCAGGUGUUCCGAUGCACGAGCCAAAAGAGGAAGCUCUGAGACACAUGCAUGGGUUUAUAUAGGUCCCUCGAUCCAUUUAGACUGCAGCCCAUUGGCCAGAUUAAACCCAGCAACGAGGGACCUAUCAAUCGGUUGUAGCUAUCCAAUAGACCCAGCCACAACCAGCAGGUCAGUCUCUAGGUCUCACCGCAACACAUGCCCUCUUCUAGGGAGGACACGAUUUGUAAAGCAUGUGGAAACACCAGAAAUAAAUUCAUAUAGGCAAUAUUUUUGAAUAUUCAUAGAUAUGUAAUUAUUGGGGGGGGGGUCUGUUACAUCUAUCAGAGAUAUCGCAUUCUGAUAGAAUUGUGUAAUACAAUAAGAAGACCCAAAUGCUAAACUAAACCAGCUGAAUAAUAAUUUUCUCACCUCACCUUGAAUGCAUUAUGUUUGCCAUUUGCUUACUCAUAAGACAAAAUCCGCUCUGUACAAGGUUGGAAUAAUAUGUAUAUAUAUUUCUGUGGCCUUUUGUUAUAAACCCUUUGCUUCUCUUUAGUGUUUGAGUUUUAC